CUUUCCUAUUUGUAUUUGCAUCAUCUAUUUUGAAGUCAUGACAUAGUUUAACUGACUGAUCUGAACUGAUGUUAUUCUUAAUUGCUAUUAAUUUUUGUUCAACUGCUGCUAUAUAUAUUUUACGUAAUCCAUUCACCCACAUCGAAUCAACUAAAACAUGCUCUUGUACAUCUUUAGUACAUUUCGAAAUCUGUAAGGAUACUCAAAAUAGCCGAAUCUUUGUCUAUAGAAACAUAUGGAAUUAUCUAUUCCACUUCCACUAAAUUAAAUAGCAUAUCGCAUAUAUUUAUCUUCUUAAAAUAAAUCAGUUUACUGACUGUGUCGAUGGUUGAAUCAAGUCUUUAAUAUAUAGUAAUCGAAACAAGGAUGAAUAAUCGAUUCUAAGUAUACCGUAUAAAAUGAUAUCCGAAUCAUUCCUGUUGACGUCGUUCAGUCAGGUAGUAAUUGUUUCAACAGUAAAUAAUCAAAUUGAUGACGAAUACUGAAUUGAAAAUAAUCUUAUUGAGAAUUUUCCUGACACCCCUUAAAGAAAUUUGUGAAUCUAAAUAAAGGUAAUUAUCUGGUCACACAUAAAUUCACAAUCUAUUAUCAUUCAUCUAAAGAAUGAUAAUAAUAAGCCGAAUUUUAUAUGAAAGAAGUUUCAUUAAAAAAUAUGCGACUGGUACCACAGAUAAGCACAAUAAUACGGUCAGUAUAUAUCUGUUAUUAUUUAAUCAAUCUGAUUGGUUAGAUAUUACAUUCAAUUCACUUUAAAUUCGUGUACAAUUCAAUCGUCACAUAUCAAACAUAGACUCAACAUCAAAGUCACUUCACCGUAUUCAAACACAAUGAAAGAGACAGUCGGUUCACGGAGAAAAUUAUGUAUCAUCAACAAACGAUUGGAUGGGAAAAUGGCAAUCGUGACAGGAUGUAACACUGGAAUCGGUCUUUAUACAGCCAGUGAAUUAGCUCGUCGUGGUGCGACAGUCAUUAUGGCAUGCAGAAAUACCGAACGAGCCAACAAAGCUAGAAACGUCUAUUGGAAAUGUAUGGUAAGAAUAAUGAGAAAAGUGGAGAAACAGAUACUGCAUGUAGUCAAAUGAAGCCAUAUUUAAAGCCCAUCGAGUCGGAUCAGUUGAUCAUUGAACAACUUGAUCUGGCUUCGUUAACAUCAAUCAGAGAAUUUGUUGACAGAAUCAAAAGUAAAUACAAUAAAAUAGAUUUUCUCAUCAACAAUGCUGGACUCAUACUACAGAACUAUACAACAACUGAAGAUGGUUUUGAAAUGACAAUGGGAGUGAAUUAUUUUGGACCAUUUCUACUGACAGAAUUGUUGUUACCAUUGUUGAGGAAUGCUGCACCAUCACGAAUAAUAAAUGUGUCAUCUGCACUGCAUAAAGAUGGAUGCAUUCUAAAACCUGAUUUGCAGUACAGUAAGGAAAAUUAUAAUGCAAUGAAGGCAUAUAGUGUAUCGAAAUUGGCAAAUGUGAUACAUACUAUUGAAUUGAAUGAACGUUUGAAAGAUAGUGGUGUGGUGGCUGUCUGUUUACAUCCCGGAGCUGUCAAAACUGAAUUGAUGAGAGAUCUGACAAAUUUUCCUAUGAAUAUUAUACUGCCAUUCGUCCGCAAAUUACUUAAAACACCGAGGGAUGGCGCACAAACCACUCUAUAUACUGUAUUAACAGAUAAUUUGUCUCCUGGAGGUUAUUAUUCAAAUUGCACAUUGAAAAAACCUUCAAAAUCUGUUCAAAAUGGGGAAGACAGAAAAUGGUUUUGGAAUAAAACAUGUGAACUAUUGAACAUACAAUGUGAUAACUAG